AGCUGAAGCUGAAACUUGUCUGUUGUUCAAUUGUUCUAACCGACUUCUGAAAUGAUCAAUUCGAUCAGGAGAGUUCGUGUCAACCAACUAGAUUACCAUGCUUGAAAAGAAAGCAGGCAGGCAGGAUAACAGCACGUCGGAUGGUGGUCUGAAGCUCGGGUUGUUGUUGAUGAUGUUUGAUGUUGCAGAUGCGACAACUUGCCUGCUGCCAUAAACCACCAAGUCAAGCUCCAACUGGAAAGAAGCUCCCGGUGUUGCCCUGUUGUCAUCUGGCAACUGUGGCUCGAUCAGGUUAUUUCCUAAUGUGGCUUAGAUCACUCGAUGGAGGUAUCAGAUGAUACUGAGGUACACGAUCCUCCCGGCAGAGACAUAUGCAGGAACAAGUACCACCGACUCCUCCAGUUACCUGCCUAUAAGUCCCUACACACGUACCGGUAGGUAGGGACCUCUGGGCAGUCGGUUACAUAAGCACCCGCUUUAGCAUGAGACUUCCUGUUGGCGCGCCGCAUCGCCGCCGCAUGCUUGUGAUCUCACUCCAAGAACCGCUCAACCAGCCCAUCUUGCGCCCGACGCUACAUGAGUCGAUGUAUUCUCUGCAACGCCGUAUGUUCCGCUGAUAAGCCCAGGUAGCCAUUAUGGGUUUCAUCAAAGAAGAGAAUGGGAAGCGCAAGGCUAGUGACGAGCCAUCGUCACCAACAGCCUCCAAACGCGCCAAACACAGCGAGGAUCUCAACGAGCCCGAGGCAAAGACCGUUAUGAAGCCGAUCCCUUUUCCUGAGAAGCCAGCCGUCAUCGAAGAACGAACCGGCGAGAUCGAGUUUCGGGUGGUGAAUAACGACAACGAACGGGAAUCCCUUAUCAUCCUCACAGGCCUCAAGUGUAUCUUCCAGAAACAACUACCCAAGAUGCCGAAGGAUUAUAUCGCUCGACUCGUCUACGACCGAACGCACUUGUCUAUAGCAAUAGUCAAGAAGCCGCUGGAAGUAGUUGGUGGUAUCACGUACAGGCCGUUCAAGGGCCGCCAGUUUGCCGAAAUUGUCUUCUGUGCCAUUAGUAGUGACCAGCAAGUGAAAGGCUAUGGCGCGCACCUUAUGUCGCACCUGAAAGACUACGUGAAAGCCACGAGCGACGUCAUGCAUUUCCUCACCUACGCCGAUAACUAUGCCAUUGGCUACUUCAAGAAACAAGGGUUCACGAAAGAAAUCACGCUACCUAAAUCCAUUUGGAUGGGAUACAUCAAAGAUUACGAAGGAGGUACCAUCAUGCAAUGCUCGAUGCUGCCGCGAGUACGCUAUCUCGAAAUGGGCCGUAUGCUGCUGAAACAGAAGGAGUGUGUCCACGCUAAGAUUAGAGCAUUCUCCAAGUCACACGUAGUGCACCAACCGCCCAAGCAAUGGAAGAAUGCCGUCACGGCAAUCAACCCUCUCUCCAUCGAAGCAAUCCGUGAGUCGGGCUGGUCACCAGACAUGGACGAACUAGCGCGCCAACCUCGUCACGGCCCCAACUACAACCAGCUACUCCACCUGCUCAACGACCUGCAAAACCACCAGUCGGCUUGGCCCUUCUUGAACCCCGUCAAUAAAGAUGACGUGGCCGAUUACUACGAGGUCAUCAAAGAGCCGAUGGAUCUCUCCACCAUGGAGACCAAGCUCGAAGCCGACCAGUACACCACGCCCGAGGAAUUCAUCAAAGAUGCCCGCCUCAUCUUCGACAACUGCCGCAAAUACAACAACGAGAGCACGCCCUACGCGAAGUCGGCCAACAAGCUUGAGAAGUACAUGUGGAACCAGAUCAAGGCCAUCCCCGAGUGGUCGCACCUCGAGCCUUAGAAGGGAAAUAUAGGGCGCCAAAAGAGUGGCAACCGUCGCUCAGAACCACCACUAGCGAGGGAAGAACAGUACAAGCAUGGCUCGGGUAUCUCAACCAACCGCCCUCGGGGUUCUGCGAGCCGACGUUUGCUGCGGGGACGUGUCUAGCCAUUACAAUGACGCGUAAUCCUGUGUAUAUAUAUCAGUAAUUGUAUGGUGUUAUGAUGGGUUGGUGUUAUGAUUAGCAUGGUUAUGGUGUUGAUGGGUUUACGGUUAUGAGGAUAUAUAUAUAUCAUGAUCGGUUUUGGGGCAAAGUACCAGUGAACAGGCAAGGCGUUGGGGACAAGUGUUAGGAAACAUGCACAUUUACAAACUAUGGAGACUCAAUUAGCUCCAUACACACACAAAUACUUAUCUUUUGCGCAAGGGACGAAGCACCAACCGCCUAUCACUAUGUCUUACGGUAGUAGAUGCCAUUUUUG